AUGGCCGAGAGACUGAAUGUCGCAGUUAUCCUCUACACAGAGAAAAGAAAGAGCGUGGCAGUAAUUGUGCAGUUCGCUCGUGGCGAGAGUGGGACUGUCCCCAAAGAAAACCGAAGGUGUGCAAAGGCCGAAGCGGUGACCAAAUGUACGUACACACACAACCCGACGAAGCUGUGCAGAGCCGCCGCGCAGGUGCCCCGUGUCGCCGGAGAUCGGACUCGAGCGAGCGGUGGCGGUCGUGCUGUUGGUGUAUGCUCGGCGUCUCGGUCAAUCAGCCGUCGCAGUCGUAGUCGCUUCGUUGAGCGCGUGUCAACACCUAAAGGAUUUCGGUUCCAUGCAGUUUCUUCUACUUUUCAACGAAAGACGCACAAUUUAUCCGCUAUCAACUCGGCGUCAACCCAUGAAUCCAUGUGCGGGUGUGAUCUCCGAUUACUAGUCUCAAACACAUCAGCGUCUCAAUGGCCGCGGACGUCUAGUCCUUUCGUCUUCGCGGCAACGAAAUCUUCUCCGGGUGUCGGGGACUUGCGCAAUGCCUUGUUUGACACCAGAAAGGAAACCACGCUACUGGUACUUUUGACUGACGAUCCAUUAUGCCCGUCACUUGGAUAA